AUGAAGAGAAAGACGUUGAGGGAACUAGAGGUUGAAACCGCCGUUCAACUACUGCAAAAGCGGCUCAAGCCCCGACCUGCCAAGUACUUGGAAGAGCCCCGGAGCCUAGAGGGUCCAUGGAAGGCUGCCUUUCCUGUUGGGACACCAAGGUCACUUUUGGACUCGCCAUUCUACCAUUCUCUCAAGUGGGAUUUCUCGAAUCUUGAAGGAGCACUCGAAGAAGGGGGAAAGCUGUAUAAGAAUAGCAACAGAGUCUAUCUAUUCGGCUCCACGGAGGAGGCCAUGGUUAAAAGAGAAGUGGUUGCUUUGAUCCCCGUGGUGGUGGCCGUUGUUUCGGCUUCUCUGCCUUCCAAUGAGCUUGGACUUGUUUUAAGUGAGGGAAAAGUGGAAGAGAUAAUUCCGAUGAAGAGAUUGAAGACAGACUGGGCUCCGUAUGUUCCUUUGGACAAGAGAGUAGACAAAGAAGAUCCUGAAAUCUUUGUCUUGAGCUGCAAGCAAAUAACGGCUGCUCACAAACACAAAAAAUGUCAAGGGAAGCUGUGA